UUUAUUUUGAAACAUUGUUGUAUACUCUUUGAAGUGAUAUGUUCAAUUACAUUCAGAAUUUAAAUUUUAAAAUAUUUAAUUAAUUAUUUUUCAAUUAAUAACUAUGGCUUAUGACUAUAUUACUGUACAACCAUCAGCUAAACAUUCAGCCACAAUUAUCUUUUUCCACGGUCUUGGCGAAUCUGGCAAUAAUUGGUCAAAUUUGUUUACGGAAAUACGCAAGCCACAUACAAAAAUUAUUUGCCCUUCAGCGAGCAAAAUACCAUUGGACUUAAACAAAGGAUAUGCUAUACCCGCGUGGUUUAACAUUGCCUCAUUAGACGAAAGUUCUAUUGAAGAUGAAUCAGCUAUUCUUCGAGCGGUAGACAAGGUCCAUGAUUUAUUAGAUGAUGAACUAUCUAAAACAAGAAUUCCGUCGAAAAAAAUUUUGAUUGGAGGAUUUUCACAGGGUGGAGCAUUAGCUUUAUAUGCCGCACUGACUUAUCAUAAACCCUUGGCUGGAAUCUUAUUAAUGUCUACUUGGAUACCUCUACAUCGAAGUUUCCCUGAUGCAGCAACAAAUAACCAAAAAACACCAAUCCUCCAAUGCCACGGAACAGACGAUCCAGUAAUACCGUAUAGAUGGGGCCAAAAAACUUCCGUUAUAUUAAACGACUUUGUAUCAAACAUUGAAUUUAUCACAUAUGAAGGUUUGCAGCACCGCGUGAAUAAACAAGAAUUGGAGGAUAUUAAAACAUUUAUUCAUAAAGUUUUACCAUAAUGUGUUGGAGAUCCUGCAUUGUAAUCAUCAUAGAAAGUGUUUUGAAUUGACUCUUUAAUUUCAAGAGUAAUAGGUAAUGUGUAUCAAUAUAAUUAAAAAAGAACAGAUUUUAGAACUACAUGUGCGAAUUCACACUAUAAAAUAAAAUACAAUUCAAUGAAAAACAAUAAGAAAUUGUUAAGAAAAAAAAUAUCUCAAGAAUAAUUAAUCACUAUGAUUUUUUGUAUUCAAUAUAGUCUAAAUUUUCAUAUGGAAAUUAAUUCAAAAAUCAUUUGUUAAUGUAUCUCAUACUGUAAAUAAACUUUA